CAGAAUUGCAAGGGAGGGGUUUCAGUUAACAAAGCACACUCCUUCCAUUCUUUAUUGUAGCUCUCACUGUGUGUUUACGCGUGUUUGCAUGCAUGAGUGUUAGCGGUACAAUAGGAGAGCACGCCACGAAUGUUGUUUAUGUGUUUGCCAGAGAGAGGGAGAUAGACGGAAAUGGAUUCACGGGGAGUGGAGAGAGAGAAGCGGAGCGGCGACUCUUGACUGUUUUCAUUUUUCUCAAAUGACUACUGUGACGUGCGGAGGACAGGAAACACAGAUCAGCUGUCACACACACACACACACGCACUGAAGAGGGAAGUACCACAUUCUCCGGACACACUCGCUCGCUCAGUUGCACCUGUUGAGCUCGAUCCACUCCACAUCGAGCAGUAGUCAUGGAUGUACCCGGAGCAGCUUUGUAAGCGUGUUUCUGCGUUUAUACGAGAUCUGCGCUUCUUCCGAGGACAGAGAUGUCAUCGCUCUAUUCGCGCAGCAAGGAUCUCUCGUCUCGACCCAGAAAGUCUCUGUCGGACUCCCCACCCUCGUCUCCCACCACAAAAACAUUCAGACAAGAUCGGGUGUCAAGGUCAGACUCCAGUGGCAUUGACGCCCCGUCAGACAGACUGACAUCUCGAACAUACACACGCCGAGAGAACAGACUCGCCUCCUUGAGCAAAACCGAAGAUGACUCUGCAAACAAAGACUAUAAGAAGAUGUACGAGGAAGCACUGUCUGAGAAUGAGAAGCUGAAGUCUCGUCUGGCGGACAGCAAGCAGGAGCUCUCCAAAAUCCACUCGCAGCUAGAUAGAGUCACGCAGAAGCAGGACAGAAUAUCAGAGAGAUCUACUGUACUUGAAUCUGAGAAAAGGGAAAAGGAAGCAUUGGAGAAGAGGGUCUCGGGCAUGGAAGAAGAAUUGAAGACCCUUCCUGCUCUGGCUUGGCUACAGGCUCUCCGCAGGAGGAACGAGCGCCUCCUAAUGGAGAACAAAGCCAUGCUCCGCACCCUCGCCCGCUUCUCUCAGACGUCCUCUCUCCCUGAAUCGGAGGAUCUCUAGUCCUCCUCUCCCUUUCUUCUCCCUUUUCCUCUCAUUUUUGUCCUCUUCCUCCACCCUAUGCUGCGCAUCUCCCAGGUUUUGACAGAAUUGAAGUCUGAUAACCAGCGGCUGAAAGAUGAGAAUGGAGCCCUAAUAAGAGUCAUCAGCAAACUUUCCAAGUGAAGAAGACCAGACAUUCACGUUAAUACUGUACAGAGACCAAUACUGAGGAAACAGAACGUCAGAGCUUCAUAACACCCCUCCAUAGACCACAACCGAACCAGUAUCACCCUUGUUUGUGUUAUCUCCCUUAUUCUUGGUGCAUUGUCUCCAAUGCUAAGGUGUUGUGACCUAUGCUAUUGGAAAAUCCAGUUAAAACUGAAGGUGUCUUUUGGUAAAAUGGUUUGUAAUCUGUGUUUUGCAGGAGGGUAGUUUAAUAAAACUGUCAUUGUAGAGACAACGUUGAUAAGUCCUCUUCUUCAAAGUCCUACAAACAUGUCUAAAGAAUGUUUCGAUUAGAAUUAGAUGUUUCGAGACGAGAGUAAGAAACUGUCUACAUCCUGCUGAAAAGACUUGCAUUUAUUAUCAUGGCUGGUCUAGCUGGUGAACAGUCAUGCUGUUUAACCAGAAAUACUAGUAAACCGAGUCUUGUUGCUGGUUAAGUUUAACCCAUGUAUGGUGUUCAUGUCUUUGUAACACAGCUCUUGUUCGCUGGUCUAGUCAAAUCAAUACAGCCAUAAAAGUUUGUGUAAAAAUACAAACAGGUGUUUACUUUAUCCCAUUUACAAGCAAUCACAUUCAUGAAAAAUGGUGCCAUUCAUGAAAAAAAAAAAAGUUUAUCUUGAAUAAAUCUAAAUGUCUGAAGUUUAACUUAUUUUUUAAGCAUUUUUAACUUUUAAAACAGGUUUCACAGACCCGAACACCAUACAAGCGUUAGCAGCAUUUAAAACAGGUAUGAGCUAAAUAAACUGCCGUCACAUGUAUACAAUGUAAUUCACUUGCCCUGAAGCAGCCAGCUGCUGGAAAACGCUCCAGUAUGACUCCUCAGAAGCUCACGCCAAUACAUUCUGAAAUGGAAUGUUCCCACUGAGAAAUGAUGUCACUCUUUUCUCACUCUAUUCUCUUCUUUUAGCUUUUAUAAUGAGUGUUUAAAUAUGAAAUACGAAUGAUGGGUUGAAGAAUGAUUACAUGGCACCAUUGUUGAAUGUGUUUUUCUAUAUUUAUUUAUGCUUUGGUUUGUUUUUAAUUAUAUGUGUAGACACAACACCAACAAAAACUUCACAAGAAAUGUUUUUCAAUGCCUUUUUUUGUAUUUUCCACAGUUUUCAGCCUGUAAUCUUGAACCAAUGCUCACAGCACUUUGUUUAUGGUUGUUUGUGUUUAUUGUUUGCCUGUUUGAUUAUUAAUAACAACACUGUAAAAUGAA